CUGACUGCGGACGGUUUAGUUCGUUGAAAGCGCGCUACGCUGUGCGAUUUGGAUGGAAAUAAAUGAAAUUCUUAAUCAGAAAUUCGAUACACAAAUAAUGAAAAAGUGUCAUUAACGAAAACACUGCUUUGACUCACUACACAGAAACGAAUCCUGCCACAAAAAGUACUCAAUUACUCAAAAAUUAUAGACUUUAACAUACGCCCACACAUAAAACCAAAUACUCAAACGCUAAGCAUUUAAGUUCAAAAUGGGUGCUACACGUGAUAACCCACGUGUGAACAAGAGCUUAAUAUCGCUAAAAGUUGUGAUAUUCUUCGUUAUCAGUGGUAUAACCGCUCUCCAUGUGUUACAUGCCAUCAAACCUCGUCUACUCGGGCUGAACUUUGUGGAAUAUCGCAAUAUUAGCAUCAUAGCACCUUUUGUCUCAAUAAUCGGCCCAUUGAUUGCUGGUCCAUUGGCCGAUCGCUUGGUAGCCAAGAACUCGGUUCGGUACAGUGUCGUUUUGCGAACACUAACCGCCAUUUUUCUCAUCUUGGCAGCCAUCAUUUAUGCUUGCUUGUUUGCAAUACCUGAAGUAAAGCGACACGAUCCACAUUUUCCACGCGUGAGCUUCGGUUGUGAUGUCAAUGGUGCUGUUAUAUUUCAAGAACGUUGUUCCGAAGAUGCUACCUGCCAUCACUGGAAAGGAAAGAUUGGUAAGGUGAAUCUGACUAACUGCACUUAUACCUGUCAAGAUCCAACUCAGUACGAGAAUUUGUAUACGCCUUGGUUGGAAAACGUGCCCACACCAUCGCCAUCCGCCGAUCACAGUUCCGAAUCCGAUUAUGAAGAUGAAUCCACUGGAGCCGUUACGGAGAGCUUACGUUCCAAGCGUGCGGCUAAAGUGUCGGAAGUGUUGUCGGAGUUUGGCGGUGAGCUGUUGAGCGGAGAGGAACCGCGUCAUGUGCGUACAGCACGUGCUAUCAAAAAAGCACCCAGUAAGGUGUACGUUGAACCACCACAUUUAUGCAUCACUGAGAAGGAUGACAAUGGCAAGAGCGUAGUGAAGAAAUGCCAUGUCUACACAGACGACACGAAAAACAUUGUUGUGAAUACCGUACUACGAGCUGCAACCAAUGUGGAGAAUGACACUCACAGUGCUGAAUGGUGCAAUUAUCCUUUGGAUGGCUUCCAAUGUCAAAUCCCCCUUGAACAGGUGGACUACAUGUUGCAAUUCAAGAACGGCGAGUGCAAACCCAUGAUUGAGUGUCAUGUGAUUGAUCCGUAUGGCAGCGAGGACAGCGUGUUGGCUGAUAGUGAAUGCAUUAAGACAAUCGGUGACUUGGACACAACACUGGGUGGUUACACUGUAAUACGCCUAUUGGGUGACAUCUUCCCAAUGGCUGCUUUAACUUUGCUCAAUAGUAUGAUUGUGAUUGCGGUACGUGAAACCUCUGAAGGACGCGGUGAAGUUUGUCGUCAAUACGCUUGGGGUGCUAUUGGUUAUGUACUAAUCUUUUCGCCGCUUGAUUUGUUCUUCUUUAGUAAAUCUACAGAGCACGAUGCUGCUCUGGUAGCGUUAAUUUUGGUUAUUGUGUGCUUUGUUUUGGGUGCAAUUGUCCUACUAUUACCAACGAAUAUGCCAUUAAGUCCACCUGAGUGGUGGUGGCACACAAAGACCGGCAUGUUGGUUUAUCCCAUGUCGGCAAUACGUCGUUAUGGACCAGAAAUAUUUUUAUUGACACUCAUUUCCAUACUGUUCGGUAUGUUCUGGAGCAGCAUUCAUAGUUUCCUGCGUUGGACAUUUACCGAUCCUUCAGCUGUUACAUAUGCUGGAUUGAUUUUGGUAUUUGUGUUAUUCUUCAAUGUGGACAAAUUCAUUGAGUAUUGCGGACAUUCGAAUAUUUUCAUUGCUGGCUUCGCUUUGUUUAUCAUUCGAUUUACUGCACUUACUGGCGAAGAAACACAGUGGUUAACCAUUGUUAUGGAGGCCAUUGAGCCAUUGGUGAUUGGAGUUAUUUGGAUUGCAAUAAUUUUGUACAUGCGACACGUAAUGCCAAGGAAACUUACUGCCACCGGACAGGCAAUUGCUGUGUUGGCUUUCUUCGGAUUGGGUAAGGGCUUUGGUGCCAUGAUUGGGCUCGCACGUCAUGAAAAAAAGCCUGAAAUAGAAGCAGAGGAAAUUUACACCUGGUUGGCUAUCACGGCCUGCAUAAUCGCCGUUGUGUACUUCAUUAUUUACAAUUUGAUAUUGGCGCCUCGUUGUACUGCCAAAUCGCAACACGUCGAGGAGUUGUUGGCCGGCUCGGCGUCGCAGAACUUCAACGGCACCAAUGGAACGGGAGCCGGAGGCAAUGGCAGCGCUGGGGCCGCUCUCAACGGCAAUGGCAACAGCAAUUAUUCGCCGCUACGCGUCUACCACAAUGAAAGAGGGAAGAAGGGACAAUUUAGAUAUUAA